AUGCUACCCUAUCCUAUCCACAUGACGCCGUUGCAAGCUGCCCUGCUCUUCCGCUGCCUCCCCCUCCUCCCCUUCUCCCACUACCUCCCUCGUCUGCACCUCCUCCUCUCCACCCUCGCCACCCUCCUCCCCUCCAUCCUCCCCAUCCUCGCCCUCCUCUUCACCACCCUCUCCCUCUUCUCACUUGCUGGAACACACCUCUUUGGCGGCCUCCUCUCCUCGCACCACCCCCAGCUUCAAACCACAGACUACUUUCAAUCCGGCUUCCUCCCACUCAAUUUCAACGACUUUCCGGCUUCGAUGGCCGUGGCUUUCAACCUGUGA